GAAGGGGGAGGGAACUAAGCAGAGGAGGAGGAGGUUAGCCGAGGCAGCUACAUCGGCGGCGGCGCAGGGGCUGGUACGCGCUGGGCGGCGAGAGCCUCAUGGCGGAGGAAGAGAGCGACCAAGAGGCCGAACGCCUCGGAGAAGAACUAGUGGCCAUUGUGGAGUCGCCGCCUGGUCCUGCGGGGCUCCGAAGUGCAGACGGCGGCGCCGGUGGUGCUGGCGGCGGCAGCUACGUUGACGGCGGCGUCGGGAUCAGCAGUCGGGAUUACUGCCGACGCUUCUGUCAGGUGGUUGAAGAUUAUGCUGGAAGAUGGCAGGUCCCUUUGCCACAGCUUCAGGUUCUUCAGACUGCACUUUGCUGUUUUACAACAGCCAGUGCCUCAUUUCCAGAUGAAUGUGAGCACGUACAAUAUGUUUUGAGUAGCCUUGCUUUGAGUUUCUUCGAGUUGCUGCUGUUCUUUGGAAGAGAUGAGUUUUAUGAAGAGCCGUUAAAGGAUAUUCUUGGAUCAUUCCAGGAAUGCCAGAAUCACCUCCGCAGAUAUGGAAAUGUGAAUCUGGAACUGGUGACUCGAAUCAUUAGAGAUGGUGGCCCAUGGGAAGAUCCAGUGUUGCAAGCUGUCCUUAAAGCCCAGCCAGCAUCUCAGGAGAUAGUGAACAAGUAUUUAAGUUCUGAAAAUCCACUCUUCUUUGAACUGCGUGCCAGAUACCUAAUUGCUUGUGAACGCAUACCUGAAGCAAUGGCUCUUAUUAAAUCUUGUAUAAAUCAUCCAGAAAUCAGUAAAGACUUGUACUUCCAUCAAGCACUCUUCACAUGUUUAUUUAUGUCACCUGUGGAAAAUCAGCUAUUCCGGGAGCACUUAUUGAAAACUGACUGUAAGAGUGGAAUUGAUAUCAUCUGUAACACUGAAAAGGAAGGCAAGACUUUGUUAGCUUUGCAACUCUGUGAAUCCUUUCUUAUUCCACAGCUCCAAAAUGGGGAGAUGUACUGUAUCUGGGAGUUGAUUUUCAUAUGGAGUAAACUUCAGCUUAAGUCUAAUCCUUCAAAACAAGUUUUUGUAGAUCAGUGCUACCAGCUUUUAAGAACUGCAACUAACGUGAGAGUCAUAUUUCCUUUCAUGAAAAUCAUUAAAGAUGAGGUUGAAGAAGAAGGCUUACAAAUUUGUGUUGAAAUAUGUGGUUGUGCUUUACAACUAGAUCUUCAUGAUGAUCCCAAAACUAAAUGUCUAAUUUAUAAGACAAUUGCACAUUUUUUGCCAAAUGAUUUAGAGAUUCUCAGGAUUUGUGCACUCUCAAUAUUUUUCCUUGAACGGUCCUUGGAAUCUUAUCGUACUGUUGAAGAACUUUAUAAACAUCCAGAUGAAGAAUAUAAUGAAGGCACAAGUAGUGUUCAAAAUCGUGUUCGUUUUGAAUUACUUCCAAUUUUAAAAAAGGGAUUAUUUUUUGAUCCUGAAUUCUGGAACUUUGUAAUGAUUAAGAAGAACUGUGUAGCAUUACUGAGUGAUAAAUCAGCAGUUAGAUUUCUAAAUGAAAGUACACUGGAAAAUUCAACAAAUAAUCUUAAAAAAGUAAUGGGACAGCAAGGUUUAGACGAAGAACUUGAUUCUCUUUCAGGUCAGAUCACUGCAGAGAUUGAUUUUGAUGCUAUAUCUGGAGUGCAUCCUAAAGGUCAUACUAACACCAAGAAAAACCUUGCAGCUCUUAAUGCUUCUAAAGUUGAUCACAGUGUCCCAAGGCAUCGUUGUAUGUUAUGUAAUAAGGAAUUCCUAGGUGGUCACAUUGUAAGGCAUGCCCAGGCUCAUCAGAAAAAGGGCAGUUUUGCAUGUGUAAUAUGUGGUAGAAAAUUCAGAAAUAGGGGACUUAUGCAGAAACAUUUGAAGAAUCAUGUUAAGAAAAUACAGAGACAGCAGAUUGCUGCUGCUCAACAGGAAGAAAGCCCUGCUUUAGAAGAAGUUAAUUAUUCCAGUUCUUUCAUUUCAUUUGAAAAUGGGAAUUCUGAUAAAAAAGAUCUGGAAGUAGAAAUUAUUGCUGGUUCUAGUGACAGAAACAAAGAAGCCAUCCCUGCACAUAGGGCUGAAUUCAUCGAAAUUCCUGUAAGUGUAUCAGAAGAUACUGUGGAAAACAUUGUUGAAAAUGGCAGUCUUAACACUUCUUUAAAUGACACUUCAGAGCCUUUAUCUGCAUAUGAGGAUGACUAUGAGGAGGAAGAAGAGGAAGAAUGUGAUUAUGAAGAGGAUGAUUAUGACCUGAAUCAAGGAACUUCAGUACUUCAUAAAAUCAACGGAACUGUAUGCCAUCCAAAAGAUAUAUAUGCUACAGAUCAAGAGGGAAAUUUUAAGUGCCCUGCUCUUGGCUGUGUCAGGAUAUUUAAAAAAAUUGGAUUUUUAAAUAAACAUGCAAGGACUGUACAUCCAACUGAUUUAAAUGUACGACAAACGGUAAUGAAGUGGAGUAAAGGAAAAUGUAAGUUUUGUCAAAGACAGUUUGAAGAUUCUCAACACUUUAUAGAUCACCUGAAUAGACACAGCUAUCCAAAUGUAUACUUUUGCUUGCAUUUUAAUUGCAAUGAAUCCUUUAAGCUACCAUUCCAACUUGCUCAGCACAUAAAAAGUCACAGGAUAUUUCAAGCGCAGUGUAGUUUUCCAGAAUGCCAUGAGCUUUUUGAAGAUCUUCCUCUGCUAUAUGAACAUGAAGCGCAGCACUACUUAAGUAAGACACCAGAAUCAUCUGCACAACCAAGUGAAGCAAUUCUUUGGAAAGUUACAGACUCAACUCCUGAUUAUCAGGAAAAAGACUCAUCUAGUAAUGAGAAACAAACUAUUAGUCUGCCAAUUUCUACUAGCAAAUCAAGGAAAGAUUUUACAGAACCAAAGACCUGUACAGAAAGUAUAAAAAAGAUAACAGACAGUUUAAUUCAGAAUGGAAAUGAACAUUCUGAUAACACUGUUUCUAAUGUAAGCUUGAUAGACCAAAAGAUGCCUGACAUAGAGCCAAAUUCUAAAAAUAACUGUAGGGUUAGUGAUUUAGUAAAUGGACACAGUGGAAUUGAGCAGACACCUUUAAUGUCAUCAGAUGCUGCUUUGAAAAUUGAUACAGAUAGAAUCAGGACAGAAAAUGGUUCCAUUUUAUCCAGUGGUGUACCACAAGAACAUAGUACCCUGCCAGUAUCUCAGGCACCUUCCAAACCAAAUCCGACAACUGAACAUACUUCGUAUGGCUUAAUUUUAACAAAGCCGUAUGUCAGACCAUUGCCUCCCAGUUACCUUGAUGAACGGUACCUUAGUAUGCCAAAACGAAGAAAAAUUUUGACUGAUAGAGUAGAUGCCUGCUCUGAUCAAGAUAAUGUUUGUAAAAAGUCAGUGAAAAGAUUAAGAUGUGGCAAAUGCCUGACCACCUACUGUAAUGCAGAAGCACUUGAGGCUCACCUUGCACAGAAGAAAUGUCAGACACUUUUUGGAUUUGAUUCAGAUGAUGAAAGUGCCUGAUAAAAAUGUUUCAGAAAGAUCUGUCGAUCAAGAAGUAGUGUGGGAAAAACACUACAAGAGAAGCAUCAUCAAUUUCUAUUUCCCUGAUGGCCUUAAUUUUAGAGUGGUCUCGGAUUACUAAAGAUAAAGAUGAAGCACAUUUUCUAGACUGAAUUCAGAGAGAUGUGCUGGUAUAGACUCCAAAAGGGUUAUCACAGAACUCCCAAAGUACCAGUUUUCCAGAAAACCACAUUUUAAAAUAGAUGAUGAUGAUGAUGAUGAUGAUGAUGAUGAUGAUGAAUAGCAGCAUGUUCAGUGUCACUUAUGUGAGAAAUAUGUUCAGGCAACUAGUCAAAAAGAAAAAACCAGUAAUGGCCUUACAGAAAGGGAAAGUUAACCCAUUAUAAAGGGGGAGGGGAGAUUGGUUUACAAUAAACUACUUUUAAAGUAUUCUGAAAAUGGGAUUGUUUCCUUGUCAUGCAUAACCAGUAUAUAUCCUCCUUUCUGGUCAAAGAUGAUUUAAGAAAUUGUUGCUAUUUUAUCAUAAUUUAGAAAACAAAUACAUAGAACUAAAACUUGAUUUAAAAACAUUUUAUCCAUAAAAGAUUAUAACUUGUUUCCAGGUAAUUGAUUAGAGAGAUCAAAGUUCAAUGAAUGGCAUGCCAGCAUAGAAGAUUAAUAAAAAAAAAAACAAAUACGACACCAAAAAGCAAUGCUUUAUUAAUAAGCUCUUGAAAGAAUCUUCCACAUUCAGUUUUUGUAAUACACAUGAGUUCUGUUUAAAAGACAGCAGUGUCAAUUAGAUAGAAAAAGUACCAUCUGUAAUUUGGGAGAGAGAUGGGAGGAAUCCAAGACCAUUAAAGGCUCUCUAGUUGAAGGUAAACACUGAAUUGCAAAUUCCUCAAUGUGAAUAAUGGUAUAAGCACACUGGGAUAUUUCUAUUUGUAUAUAGAGUAGUGUUAGGACGUUGCUUGAUGAUUCAUGCUAAGGUCCUUUAGACACUAAUGUGAGUUCUCUAAAUACAGUCCUAUAAAAAUAACUGGCUCUAAAACAAAGUGCCAGCUGAGAGUCAGGUCAAGAAUUCAUUGGUUUUAUUCAAUUAAGAGAGUUAAUUCUAAAGCCAUACUACUCAUGCUUUUAAUUUAUUAGUGAUAAAUUUGGUCUGAAUAGUAAUUUUUAUAUAUUAAAAGGAAAUAUUUACUCAAAAAUUUGCACAGCAAGAACACAGAUGUAUCAAUGCAUUUAUUUUCCUUGAUGAUCAGUAAUUUUCCUAAGGAAGAUUUUAACUUAGUAAUCAAUAAAUUAUUAAAACAAAAAUGUUUUUUAAAAAAACCUCAUAUUUGCCACAUGUCCAUUCUCUAAAAGAGGAAGUUAGAAAGAACCUCCUUUACCUAUACCUGAGUUUGUCGGUCUAUGGCAAGGUUAAAAAGUAAGUGAAAACACACAGGCAAAAUUCUUUGAAAAUGGAGCUAAUAAUAUACCCAGGUCAAGCAAAUAAUUCCCGUUUUUCCACCUUGUUUCUUCUUCAAAGCUGAUAUUAUCAAAUCAUAAUACUGUGUUUUAGAUAUUAAAGCUUUGUUGAAUUAUUAAGGAAGUGGGACAUUUUUUGCAGAGUACCAUCCAGACUUGAUGAAAUUAGAAUUUCCAGGCCAUGGCAAAUCAGAUAAUCUAAAAAACAUUCAGUUUUAUUAUUUUAAUGUGAGCAUUCACUACUAUGCAACUGAUAGUCAUUAGUUCAUUCCAAUCAAAUUUAGGUUUGUUUUUGUUGUGUUAUGUAGCCUACAUUAGGCUGUUAUAUUUACAUUUAAAUAACAGAUAAAUGAACACAACUCAGUCAGAGUUUUAAAUGCUUUAAAAUCAACUCAAAAAGUUUUUCCAUACUUUCUAAUACUGAAAAUUGAAUACUUGAGUUUUAUUUUAGUUGAAUCUGAAAGUAUAUCAUGUAAUUAAAAGAUUGUUUGAAAACUAGUUUAUUGGGACAGUGAAUUUUUUUUACAUAAAAUUUCUGCUUUGUUCUUUGUCUAGAAAUUAAAAAUUAUAACUUAAUCAUAAUCAUUUUAAAUUUUGUUCAAGUUAUAGCUUAAUACAAGUCCAUUUCCACAACUUGUUAUUUUCAUUUUUGCAGUUCAGACCAAGAUAUCUAAACAUGAUCCAAUUCUCUGUUUUUGUUUGGUCUUUAUGUUCAGGUUUUAUUUCUGCUUUUAUUUUGCUAAGGGAAAACUGUUUCUGAAAGAAUGAGAUCUAAUUGGUUCAUAUAUAAUUAUAUUAGAAUGUUUAUAAAGUUUUACUUGACCACACUGUUCAAUCAUCUUUAUAUACUUCUCAAAUAAUGGCCUUUGAAAGAAUGUGUACAUUUUAUUUUGUAUGUCUUAUUUAAAUAAUUUUGUUUUCAUGAAUUACAUAAACUUCCAACAGUUAAUUUGCUAUUCUUUCAGAAGAAAAGGAAACUUUCUUUUAUCUUCUCUUUUCUGCUUCUAAUUUGAGAUGUGUUUAUCUUACAUGGACCAAGUUUCAGCUUUUUGUUUUUAAAUAAAAAUUUCCUUCAAAACAUUAAAUAUUAACUUCUGCUAUGUUUCUGUAAGGUCAAGAAAAUAGCAAAUAUGAGUUUUUGCUGCUCAGAUACUAUGGAGGAGAUAGAAAAUGGGGAAUCUCCGUGGAUAAGGACACUGGUACUUUGGGCUUUAGCCAUACUCAUUAAUUUUAAACCAUCAGUUAUACAAUGAAUAUAUAUAAUUUAUAAAUUUGUGAUUGUUUUCAAAUCACACAUGAAGGUUUAAACUGUUGUAUGGAUGGAGAAACCUAAAAGGGAUGAUAAUGUUUAUUUUUUAAUUUAUUUGGUACUGUAUAACACCUUUUCAGAAUGAUGAAAUGCUGCAUAUGCAUUUUAGAAUUGUUAAUAUGUGAAAGAUAUUACAGAUUCAACAAGAAAGGAAAUUUGUGCUUCCUUGUUGAACAUUAAAUUAUUUUAUUUUGCAUUUUUUAAUAGUUCAAAUUAAAACUGAGCCAUUGAACUGCAAUAAAUCAACAAUAGUGUCUCA